AUGGCAUCACACCGGAGAGGUCCUUGGUCCCAAGGCGAGGAUGCAUAUCUAGUCCAACUUGUGCAUACCCAGGGAGCCUUAAAUUGGGUUAGAAUCGCUCACCUCAUUGGCUCGCGCUCUCCAAAACAAUGCCGUGAGCGAUACCACCAGAAUCUGAAAUCGUCACUCAACCACGAGCCGAUUAGUCCUGAAGAAGGAAUUCAAAUCGAGCGUCUGGUGUCUGAGAUGGGAAAGCGUUGGGCUGAGAUUGCCCGGAGGCUUCAUGGCAGGAGCGACAAUGCAGUCAAGAACUGGUGGAAUGGCAGCAUGAAUCGACGCCGACGUCUGGUUCUCCGCCGUAGGACAUCUACACAAUGUCCCAACUCCUUCGACGAACAAUCUAUGCCUCUUUCCUUUGCCAGGCCACCGGCAAACCGGCCACUCACCAUCAACGCUUCUUCUUACCACCAGCGAGCUGUUGAAGGCCCUCUCCCAUCUCCAGCAGCUUCAGAAGCCUCGAGAGCAGAAUCCGUAGACGGUCCUCCGUCACUUGUCUCAGACUGCGGAUCCACCUUUUCACUGUCCCCCCGCUUGAACACCUCACCUGUCGAUCUCCGCCCCAUCAACGGGUACGCAGUAAACGACAACAGAAGACUGAGCCUCCCUAUGCUAUACUUCCCACCCAAACCCUUCCGCUCAGAUGCCGACAACCACGCCCAUGCCUUUCCCUCACGCUUCCAUGCCCAGCCUGCUGAGUCAACAGGACAUACGCUUCCUUCUUCAACCUGCCGCCACCCACCCAAACCCGAGCAGUACAUGAUAGCCUCUUCACCCCGAGAAUAUCAGCAUGAUUGUCGAAUACAGGUCAUGACAGCGCCGUCUACGCCUAUGCAGCUCCCGCCUCUUCAAAGGCCCGGCCACCCAGCUCAGCCCCGACAGCAGACAGCAGAGCGCGAUUCCAGGAUGCAUCUAUCUUCCCUGCUUGGUUGA